AUGGAACUUUCCCAAAAUACCCCUGAGGCUAUUUUUGUCCCCAGUUCUCAGUUACGAACUUUACAAGUCCAUUUGGAACAUUACUUUACAGGAAAGGAUCUCAUGGAUGAUGAAAAACAAGGAGAUGUAUUAUUACUGUUUGCAGGGGCUGUUUCAUCCGGCCAGGAAGAUCAUUCAUUAACAAAGUUUUCAAGUUUAUACCAGAAUGGUCAAGGUCACAAAUUGGAAAAUACUGGUGGGACCACUAAUAAAAAGCUAGCAUUGAAUUCCAUUGGGGUAGGGGUCAAAGUCAACCCCCCAUUGGUGUAUCACAACCAAAUAUGCAGGCAUCACCCAUCAGAUAGUAGUGCAACAAAAUUGCCUUCUAAUGCUCGUGGCUUACCAUAA